UUUCAGGUUGGACGAUUCGGGCGGGCCUCGACCCCACGACCGACUGAUGUCUCCGCGUCUACACCAGCCGCUCUCCGUUCAUGUUGCAGCAGCAGCCCUGAGGUUGCCACGGGGAGCAGCUGGGGUCACUGGACAUGCCCGGCGGUCGCAGGGGUCCGAGUAGACAGCAGCUGAGCCGCUCGGCCCUGCCCUCACCACAGACUCUGGUGGGGAGCAGCUGCAGCAACGGUGCGGGGCUCAGGAACAGGAGCAGCACAUCUGUGGGUCUCUCUGCUCCACCACUCACUGCGCUGAUCAGCCCAGAACCCGUUCGCCAUGCACGCAUUCCUGAACUUCCCAUCGACAGCAGUGUGCUCUUUGAGUUUAUGCUCUUUUUGUACCUGCUGGUGGUGCUGUUUGUGCAGUACAUUAAUAUCUACAAAACUGUCUGGUGGUAUCCUUAUAGCCAUUCUGGUGCCUCUACCUCACUGAACUUUCAUCUAAUAGACUACCACCUGGUGAUCUUCAUUACUGUUAUGCUGGCCAGGAGGCUUGUGUGGACUAUUAUUUCAGAGGUACAGUGACUGACUUGCAAUUUC